AUGCAAACCCCCGUUACAGAAGCCUCCCUGGCUGCCGCCCUGGGCCGAGCGGGGUGCCACGUUUCCAUUACUCAGAGAGCAGACUUAGCAGCCGAGGCUUCCGUCGAGGUGGAGCGAAGCAGACUGUGUGGCGCCUGGGAGGAGGAAGGAGGACCCGUGCACGCUCGUCGCGCCGCGCAGCCGCAGCUUUAUCGACACUCUCUUCUCCUCUUGCCUCACAAUUAUCUCCCCGUUUAUCUUACCUCCCUUCUAUCUCCUCCAUGUCAUCCUGGGCCGAUGUGGCCAAUGGCCAGUUGUUAUCGACAUCCCAGUCAUGUUAUAAAACAUUUACGAGAGGUAUCAAAUCUAUAA